CACACUUCCGUAAACGACUUAAGCCAGUCCUGCAUGUCUGCUGUAACGCACUUACUAGUAUUUAUGAUCUUCGACCGGGUUUUCUUUGGAUUUAUCUUCGUUUUGUUGUCUCGGUGAUGGAUCGCAGCAGAUCAACUGACAAAGAGAAAAAAAUCGAGAAGAAGAAGAAACGGAGACGGUCCUCCUCCUCCUCUUCUUCUUCAUCGUCGUCGUCUUCUUCGUCCAGCAGCAGGAGUCGAAGCAGACCGAGAAAGAAAGCAUCACACAAGCCUCAAGAUGUGAAAACACAUAAAAAGAAGCGCAGAAGAAGCUCUUCUUCUUCGUCCACCACUUCUUCCUCAUCAUCUUCAUCCUCGUCGAGCGAUGAUAAGACAAAGAGAAAGAAAAGUAAAGCCAAGAAAAAGAAGACGAAGAAGAAAAAGGCGAGGCUGAAGAAACAAAAGAAGAAGGAGAAGAAGAAGAAGGAGAAGCUGAAGAAGAAGGAGAAGAAGAAGGCAGAGGUGUUGUUGUCCAGUCCUCCAGCAGAGAAACCUCCAUCUUACCUGGAGGUGUGGCAGAGUGAUGAGGGGGCAGUGGAGCUCGGACCAGUGAUGACGGAUGAGCAGAAGGCCCGACUCUCCACUAAGCGGCCUCUUACCAAAGAGGAGUACGAGGCCAGGCAGAGUGUGAUCCGCAGGGUGCUGGACCCAGAAACAGGACGCACCAGAUUGGUGAGAGGAGAAGGAGAGAUCAUAGAGGAGAUUGUCAGCAGAGAAAAACACAAAGAUAUCAACAAGCAAGCCACCAAGGGAGACGGGAAUGCCUUCCAGAGGAAACUGGGAAUCAACAGGUAGAAGAUGUCGUGAUCUGUCUCAAUAAGCUAAUUUAUAUCAGAGUUUCAAACAGUUGCCUGUGAUUAUCUGUACAGUAGUGAAGGUACAGAAUUACCCUUGAUGUACACCUGAGUUUAAUCCAGGUAAAAGCUACUAUCUCCAUUGAUUUGCCUUACUGAAUCCAUGCUGAUCACAAAGGAGACAUGAAGAGAAGCAGAUGACUUAGUGAACUACUUGAGUCAACUGAGAUCUGCCAUUGAAACUCUACGCAAGGAGAAUGUCCAAUAUAGUUUACACUGAUUAAUGCUCAUUUAUUUUAGCCAUUUUUUUAAAAGCAUAUCAUUGAGUAUAUUGUAAAGAUCAGUACCUAAUGACUGCAAACAGUCUGACCAUUCAAACAUCAUUGUUUGAAAUCACUGAUUUAAAGCCAUUAAGAAGCUGAUUUAAGUGUUCACUUUCUUGCUGGACUCUGUGAUCCUUUAUUAAUUUUGGCUACAUUCUCUGAACCCACUCAUAGAUGUCUUCUCACCUUUACAUCUCACAUUUGUUUCUUUCUGGUUCUUUGAAGAAAUCUGCAUUUGUGUGAACCGAAGCCAGAAAAAUAAACAGUUUGUGUGAA